CUUCAUUCAGCAUCUCUCCAACGUGAAAUCAUUCAACCACCAUCUCUGGAUUCAAUUCAGAUCAAUACAGCUGUGCUUGUGAGACAGAAUUAGAGCGACAACCUAAGAACGUACUAAUUUUAGUUCCACUAACACUACAACAAAAUGGCACCCAGUAAACCGGCCCUCGACCUGAACUCAAUGAUUAACGCAGAUCGUGCGCGUAGGAAGCAUGAAGCCAUCGCAGCGGAAAUCUUUGGCAGAAACCGCAGAUCCAGCGCGCCAGGGGCUGCAGCUGCGAGCACUCGCAAGACCGGCCAGAUAGGCGCAGCGCCCUCACUUGCAAGCAGAAUCGGCGGAGGCAUUGCAAAGCGCACUGUUUCCUCCUCAGCCAGACCAGCGAGGGCUAGCCCGAAGCCAAACGCAGGCAAUGUCGAUGCUGAAUGGACGCACGAUCUUCACACCCUGAACAAUCCAGCAGCAGACAAAGUCACCCAAAUACCCCGUGGUCCGAAAGCUGGCCGCGGAAGUCGCAACGAUCGUCUCUACACUGCACUGAACGGCUCAGCUUCGUCGCCUGCGCUCAACAGUCAGUUUAACAUCGUUGGAUCCGCAAAGACUACGGCAGGAAUUUCGAUUCGCGGACUUGCUGGACCUUAUAUCGUCAUAGCAAAAAAUCUCGCUGUUGGAACUACAGCCGCAGAUAUCGAGAGUGCGAUGACACCAGUUGGAGGGGUAGUCCUGGGUUGUCGUCUGAUUGCUGAGCGGCCAAAAGUCAUUGCGGAGCUUAUCUUUGAAAGCAAGGAAGGCGCUGAUAAUGUGGUCGAUACAUUCAACAAUCAGAAUGCCGAUGGCAAUAUCCUCCACGUUUACCACAAAGCAGGCCCUGUUCCCCCUCGCGCUAAACUGCUCGCCGCUCAAGCAGCACCUCCCGAAAGAUCCGUUACCCCUACUGGACCACGAGCCGAUACCAUCACCGAACGAUCAGAUGAUACACCCUCAGGCUAUGGCUCAAGAUCAGGCCGUACCCCACCACGGAGGCGAGACUUUGAUGGCAGGGAUGAUGUGAUCGACGGCUCAUAUGGCUUCGACGAGGAUCGUAUGGAUACAGAUGAUAGGCAGGAUGGUGGACGGGGAAGAGGUCUCUACAGUGACACGAUGAUUGGCAACCGAGGACGAGGUCGCGGAAACAGCAGAGACAGGGGACGCGGCGAGCGUGGCCGUGGCUACAGAUGAAGCAUCACUCUCGUCUUAACGUUUACUGUAAACAAUCAUCGGCCAAUCUCCUGCUAUUGGGGGAACGCCGACGCCCGAUCUCAGCCCUCAACGACACCACUACUCCUAGCAACCUGCAUACCGGCGUUUCAAUUUGAUUUUAGGGGAAUGGCCAGGCGUUCUUGCAAUGAAAAGGGAGCCAUAGCUGUACUAUGUAGAUGCACAG